GUCAAACGUGACAACAUCACUGUAAUAGCAUAAUAAUUAAAUCGUCCUCAAAUUAUUUUUCCUUAUGUUUUACUUUGGUCAAUUGGUGUUAAUUAUAUAGUAUUGGAAAGCUUAAACAUCAAUCAUUGAAGAAUUAUAAUACAUUAUGCAGCACCAGUAUUGGGUCACGAAAAAAAGUGUUCAAAGGAAAUUGGGUAGAAAAGAAGAUGAAUGUGUUAUCUCUUCUGAUGCGGAGUUGGACGCUAAAUUAGAAUUAUUCAAAUCAAUAAAUGAUAGUUGUCUUCAGUUACAACGUUUUAUAGACAUGUAUAAAGAAAGGUUGUGUUAUUUAGCUCAAGAAGAACAUACACUUGGAAGAUAUUUGAAAGAAUGUGGUAAAAAUGAAAAAAAUGAUAGUGCAAGCAAAAUAAUGGUUACUGCAGGAAAAUCACUAGCAUAUAUUGGUCACCAAAGACUGACUAUACGACCUCCUUUGCUAAGAUUACAUCAUGAAGUAGAUACAUUUACAGGGAGAGCAGUUGUAGAUACUAAGAUAACGGUAGAUGAAAUGGAAAAAUGUCGUACUGAAUAUAGAGCUGCCUUAAGUUGGAUGAAAUCUGUUUCUCAGCAACUUGACCCUGAUACUGGUCAUGGUGUUGACAAAUUUCGUAAAGCUCAGGGUUAUGUGAGAUUAACAAAAAAUAAAUUUGAUAAAUACACAUUGGCAUGUCUUCAAAAAGUUGACUUAUUAGCUGCUGCUCGAUGUAAUAUGUUUUCUCAUGCAUUAAUUCCCUACAUAAAUGCCUUAUCCACCUUUGCAACUAAGGCAACUGAAGUUCUAAGCACAGCUGGUGAACACUUGGAUAAGGUAGAGCCUUAUGAUUUUCAUAUAACUGCCGAAUUAGCCAUUCCAAAUGAAGAUAAAGAUAAGGAAACAUUCUUUAAUGCAGAAUAUUCUGAUAAAAAUGAGGAUCCUAAGAAAGGUGGAAAAGAAAGCAGUGAAGGAAGUAAAACUCAAGAUGAGGUGAAUGAUGUGAUGAAUCUUCUUGGUGAUGACUUUUCAUCACAAGAAACAUCAACCCAUAACAUCAGUGAGAAUUUGACUACAAUUAAUUCAAAUCCAUCACUUCUGGAUUUAACUGAAGAUGAGAACAAUUCUGAUCUUCUUUCAAAGGACUUCUUCAUGCCUUCAAAUUUGAUGCAAGGCGGCUUCAAUUUUACCAAUGAUGAUCUCGAAAAAUUGGAGAAAACAGGUACAGAUAAAGAUCUCCAGAAAAAAAGUGACACAGCAAAACAAGAUGCACAGAUGUCAUGGCUUAGUUUAUUUGAAGAGUUAGAUCCUUUGUCUAACAAAAACUUAUCGAAUAGAAAUGGAGACCAACUGUAAUAUCACUUCUCUAUUUUAUUCUGGGAUGACAGAACAUUGCGUUUUUUUACUAUUGAACUGAAAAAUAGCUAGAGUAUAUUAUAUAAUUUAGUUACAAAAUUGAAGAUUUGUUGGAGGUAAUUGUGAUUCAGAAAUGAAGUGGCAAUUUUGUCAACAGAACUGAGAUGAAAAAUAUUAUACACUUUCUUGUGUAAUUUCUAUAUAAUUGUAUUUUAUCUCCAUAUGUAUAGAAAGGCGUAUAAAUAUGAAACUAUGUAUCUAGCUCAAAUGUUGAUUUGAUAAUGGAAAAAUACAUAUUGUAUCAAACAAUGGGGUCUUCACAGUUUUUUGAAAGAGAUACCACAUCAUCUCUUAUAAUACUUUUUCGUGGGUACUAAAUGUUGAGUAUUAUGUCUUUUUUCCAGAAGCAGUAUUUUAUAUGAAGAACAACUUAUCAUUAACUUUUAUUAUCUCAGAUUCAAUACAAAUUUCUAAGAUUUUUCAAGAAAUACAAGGAUAUUGUAAAUACACAUUAAAAUAUUCCAAAGAAGUAAUACCAUUUGCACAUCCAGGGAUUAGUGAUAGUGUUAAGUUAUAAAUUAAAAAUUAGCUAAAUGAAUGAACAGAAAAAUAAUAUAAUGCCCCAUUAUUAUUAUGAAGUAUUUAAUCUUUUUUGGUGUCUGUAUUAUAUUAUUUCUCUUUCAAUAUUCAUUCUAAUUAGACCAACCAAAAUAAUAUAUUUUUUUGCAUUAUCAGCAAAGUAUUUACAACUCUCAUUACAUAUGUACAGGAAUUCCCUUGAUAACUGAAAAUCACUUGCCUAAGUUUUUUUUUUAUAUCUACUAUUAUCUGAUACCUCUACAUCAACUAUAAUUUUAUAAUAAAUUUGGCACUUAAUAUUUACGUCUCUAUUUUAAAGAUUGGACAAAUUCAGUAUAUUUUUAUAUAGCAACCAAACAUUUAUUAUUUAAUUUUCAAACCAACUAAAUUCAUGUCACUUGAAUUGAAAAUUAAUGUAAUAUAUAACCAAGUCACUAUAGUAUUCAGGAUUAAUCAUUAUGAGUGAUUUAUAAUAUGUUUUAUGAGAUAUUAUAUUUUUACCUCUUGUCCCAUAAAAAUUGCAUUAAUUCAUAAUCUUAUUGAACCUUCAAGGUCACUGUACAUACAUUUCAUAAAAAGGAUUAUGGUGAAUCAUUGAAUUCAAUGAUACACAAUAUAUAAAUUCUGCAAUUUGCUAAUUAAGAAUAUCAGAUUCGAAUAAGUGUUUAUAUCAUAAAGUACUAUAUUAAUCUCAAAGACUUUGAAAUUUGCCUCAGUACAUUUUUAACAUCAAAUUUCUAGUCUUUCAUUUUGAAGUUAUUUCAUUUUUCAUAGUUUAUAAAGUAUAUUGUGGUUUCAUUCGUAUGAAAUAUAAAUUUCAUAUUAAA